GUUGUUUUUCCAUGAUACGUUUGGUAUAUAUUUUCUCUCUCUUUCGCCCCCCCCCCCUCCAUCCCCUUCCCUCUCUCUCUUUCUCUCUUUCGAACAAGUGUUGACACAAAACUAUAUCGUGCAUUUACAUUACUUGAAAAAUUACAUUAUAAAUACAUCAUACCAAUAAAAUUUACGUGAUUAAAAAAUUUUCUGAAUUAAUGAAAUAAAAUGAUUGAGAUUCGUUGUAAUUCUACAAUUGAUGUGACUUGAUAGAUUAACUUCGAAUAAAAAAAAGAGAGAGAGAGAGAAAGAAGUUAUAUGUACAUGGGAGAAAAGUUAUCUCGAUCAAAGAUGAAUAAACGCGAAACACGUGUGAUGUGCACAGUUUCGUGCGUUACGGUAUUAAUUAUGAAAACGGUGAAGAAUCGAUAAAAAUGGCCUAUGAGGCUUAUGAGAGAGAAAUGUAGCGAAAUGUCAGCGGGUCGAGUAGUAGGAGGGGCGGUAGGUUCCACGAUCAAACACAAGUAUUGAUCUAGGAUAAGGAGGAUACCCCCCCGCGUUUCUCGUAUACAUCCGUUGCUGAGCUAAGCUCUUUGUUCCCGUCGUCGUAUAAUCAGAUGUGUAUGCAUGUUGGAAGAUCAAGCCGAAAUGGAAAACUUGUAGAGUAGCAAGUAAAUCUGCGUCUGUAGAUUUUAGCGGAUUUCAUCGACAUCGACGUACUUGCGCGGUAGCGACCAAGCCAAGCGGCGUCGACGGCGACGGCGACGGCGCUCGCGCACUAAGCAGUGACGCUUGAACAUCAGCGAUUUAGAAGCAGAGACGUUGAUUGCUGGUGCGGAUGAUCUCAAUUUUACUUAUGCAGCACGAGAAAAUGUUUCAGCGGUACUAAUUCGAUCGAGAUAUCGGGAGUUUUCGAGAAUACCCAUCCCCUUCGGUGAAGAAUGGCAAAGUCUUACGAUUCGGGGCCGAAGUACACGGCUACGUUAUCGUAGAAUAGAAUUCAGAACUUGGCAACGGGAUGCGCACGUUACCACGAUGCGAAUACGCAUUGUCGACGUUCCCCCGUAUGUAAUGAGGCUAAUCGAGGCGAUAACGCCGUCGCGUGCGUAAGUAUAAGCACGCGUGUAUCGUACGCUACGCGGAAGGCGGAAGGAGCAGAAAGGAGACUACAAGUCGGUUCAUCGUGGACUCUCUGAGGCGAGUCCAUCCGAGAGAUCCGGUGCUUUUUAUUCGAUUAUGCUCACCCUCCGUCCUACGUUCAUCGCCGCGUGGCUCCGUUCGAUUGCAACGUCGAUAUGGCCCGCGAUUUCAGAAUCUCGUGAACGAGGAUAGCCCGGACCGGACUCCAGACUGUCUGGAACUCUAGCAGAGGCAAAAGAGUCGAAUCUCGCGACAAAAACUAACGGCGUAACGGAGUAAUUGUCAGUAAUCUCUCGACGACGCCGCGACGUCGACAACGACGAUGCCUCUCCCAAACAUUUUGAGAAAAGCGAGCAGCUACAUUCUUGGCGAAUGCGGCCAAGACAACCGUCGCGUCAUUUAUCAGGACGGUGAGGCAUUGUUCUGCAAAAACAACGUCUGCGUGCACCCUCCUACGUUAAUGAGACAGCACGCCGACGUGGUGCAUCAUCCUGGAUAUAUGACUAUAACUUGCAAGCUGAACAAAAAUUCGAAUUUGCCGACUUUGCACCUAAGUUGGAUACCCAACAGCACAUUGCGCAAGCAUCCCACCGCGUUGGAGAAUCUGAGUGCCAGGAACGCUACCGCGCAUCGUGACGACGAUCCAAUCUCUCCGCGUUCCCGAAUCUCCGACAAGACACGCUGCGGCGAUUCCCUCAACGUUUCGGACGUGAGACACGAGCUGGAGAAUGAAAAUGAGAACGAGAAUGAAAAUGAAAACGACGGCGAGAACGAUAACGGAAAUGGAAAACUAGAUGUGUGCUUGGAGGCGAAGGAGCCCGUCGACUGCGGAGACUGUGAACGCGUCUGCUCCGGUUCCGGCUACCGUUACGGCUAUAAUUUUCUACGCCGUCGAGACCCAAGCACGAUUGGUCGCGACGAUGAAAAUGCCAAGACUGUCGAGACCGAGACCGAGACCGAGGCCGAGAAACGUCCGAAUCCGGCGUCAGUAGGUUCGAGCAAUGAGAAGGAGCGGGACUUUAACAACGACGCCAGGAGCAUCGACGAGGAGCCACGCUUCUCGCUUCGCGACGAUACGAGCGUCAAGAGUCGCAGCCUGUCGUUAACGUCGACGUGUAGCUUGUCAAUCUCGGUACCUACCGACACGGAAGAAAUGCCAUCGUGGAUGAGGUCUCCGGAGCUCUUAGCGCUACAGCACAAUCUUGUCUUUCCCGAGAGCGCGACCGCGUCACCAGUGACGCUACGUAGAGCGCAUCGAUGUAGAAGAUUCUCGGUGGAUCUCAGCGAGAUGCGAUCCUUGAGGCUGUUUUUCGCCGAUCCUGCUUGCACCUGCGGUCAGCUGGUCGUGGCGAGCAGAGAGAGCCAGUACAAGAUCUUGCAUUUCCAUCACGGCGGCUUAGAUCGGCUAGCCGCCACUCUACAUCAAUGGCAUCAAUUGCUUUAUCCGCGUUUAAGCACGGAUACGGAGGAGACUCUGCCGUACAGGCAUUUUAUGGUAUGCCGGCCGGAAGUAAGCCGGGACGAGUUGCAUCCCGAGGAAGGUCAAGUGCCGAUGAUCACGUCGUUAGCUUGGAAAGAUUUGUUGAAUGAACGGGGCCAGGUGGAGGAUGACCUUGCUCUUCGUAAGGGAAUAUUUUUCGGGGGUUUGGAACCGGCACUACGAAAGAUCGUUUGGCCCUUCCUAUUGCACUGUUAUUCUUAUCAAAGCACGUACGACGAUAGAGAGCAGAUCGACGCCAUUAGGCGGCAAGAGUACGAGGAGAUACAGAAGCGCAGACUGAGUAUGAAUCCGGAACAAGCCGAGCAUUUCUGGCGAAACGUGGUGUGCAUAGUGGAGAAAGAUGUUGUCCGCACGGAUAGAGCUAACCCGUAUUACGCCGGUGAGGGUAAUCCCAACGUCGAAGUAAUGAAGAACAUUUUACUCAACUACGCGGUAUACAAUUGCCGCUUGGGUUACACUCAAGGAAUGUCCGAUCUCCUAGCUCCAUUACUAGCCGAACUCAACUCUGAAAUCGAGGCCUUCUGGUGUUUCGCGGGUUUGAUGCAAAGAUCGGUAGCCGUGUGCACUCCGACCGAUACAGAUAUGGACAGAAAUCUCUGUUAUCUUCGAGAAUUAGUAAGAAUUAUGGUACCAGAUUUUUAUGCGCAUCUUCAAAAUCACGCGGAUGCCUUGGAACUUCUAUUUUGUCAUCGGUGGAUACUCUUAUGCUUGAAAAGAGAAUUUCCGACCGAGACAGCGUUGCUCAUGUGGGAAGCCUGCUGGGUCAAUUACUUAACAGAUCAUUUCCACUUAUUUCUUUGCCUUGCUAUAAUGUGCGUUUACGCGGACGACGUAAUCGCCCAAGAUCUCCGAACGGACGAAAUGUUGUUGCAUUUUAGUUCAUUGGCCAUGUAUAUGGACGGAAACGUUAUACUUCGAAAGGCACGUGGCCUGCUUCAUCAUUUCCGUCAGCUUGUGCGCUUACCUUGCACAUUGGCCGGACUAUGCCGACAAUGUGGUCCAGGAAUGUGGGACAGCGCGCACGAUCCGGUAAUAGAGUGCGUGGGUCACGAGGAUACACACUGUCCUUAUUUAAAUAAUUACGAGUAACCUAGUCUAAUUUGUAGAAAGAAGGGAGGGGGAGAGAGAAAGAGAGAGAGAGAGAGAGCGAGCUCAUCAGUAUUACUUGACAUACGAAUUAACUCGUUUCGUCGAAUUGUUAGAUUAAAUAAGUCUUUGAUCUCUUUACACGGAUUUUUUCACAAUAAACUCUGAUCAACAGUCUAUGAAGGAUUUCCUGCAAAAAUUAACAUUUACAAAAUGUAUCGAGUCUAGCCAUUAUGCUCUCUGAGAUCUACGUGCGAUUAAAUUCGGUUGUUACACAUGCGACGAUACGUGAUAUGCAUCUUUGUUCUUGUAUAAGCUAUUCGAGCACUUUUUUCAAUUGACCAAAAAGAAAAAGUGAGACAAGAAUAUAUCGCUCGUGUUAAUUACCUAUGUUAUACGUUACACAUUGUUAUCUCGUGAUUUAAGCUAAUGCCGAGACACGAAGACAUAUCUCAAAAUCUAAUUUCAAAUCAAGUUCACUGUCAGUUAAAAAGUAAAUUUACGAGACUUUGACAAUGUUGUAUAUCAACAGAUAAACAUCUGGAGUAUUCGCAAUGUUAAAGACUGACGAAUGAAAGAAAAGGAUAAUUAUAAUAGUACAAGCUAAUGUUCGAAUGUACCCAGUGUUGGAGUAGGGAGAUGUGUGUCAUCUAAUCUCACUGCGAUACCAGCUUGCAAUCUAGUAGGGAGCUCGAAAGCAAAAAGAGAAAUCCGCUAGAAAGCAAAAAGAGAAAUCAAAUCGUACAAGUGCACGAAAAUGCUAUUUAUUGUAAAUAUGUACCCGAAUCGUGCAGGGUAUAAAUCAAUAACAUGUAUUCUCACUCCAAAGUGUUCACUUACGUUCGUACACAUACGACACAUUCUCGUACGCGUAUGAGGUAAUUCCACAUACGUAAAAAACAGCAAGAACAGUACAACUUUUUUAAAUUUUCUUUUACAGUGAUUGCAACGCGCCAAAUUUUUGUUUUUAUUAUUGAAAAUUGAUCAAACAUGUAAUUUUUUACCAAGUGCACAAUUACACCUAUACUAUGGUCCUCUUACGAAAUUUAUUCGAAAACAAAUAAUUAUUGCGAUAAACCAACUUCACCGAGCAAUUCUAAAUGAAUAAGAGUAUCGAGAUUCAUCUUUUGUUUAUUUUAAUAUUAUUACUGUAAUCCGUUGUCACACAGAUAUACGUAAAGAUAACAUUGCUUCAUAAUAUUCAAGAUUUUACAGAUACUGUGCCUAUGUAACAAGGGCAAUGUAAUGUAUUCCACGCUAAUUUACUCGAUCAGGGACAUUAAAUUUUGUCGAAAAUAGCUUUUAUCGCGCUUUAAUCGUGCUAUCUGGUAUCGUUGAAAUCUUGAAGAGAAAUAUAUCUGUGUUAA